AUGUCUACUAGAGCAGAAGCAAAGGGAGUGGGAGCUAUUUCCAGUGAUGGGGAUUUAAACACGGCUCACGCGCAAACCUCCAGGAAAGGCUUUUGCUCAGUCCGACAUGGGCUGGCCCUCAUCAUGCAUCUCUGCAAUUUUUCACUUAACUCCCAAAAGAUGAGCCUGAGCAUCGCCAUACCAGCCAUGGUGAAUAGCACAGCCUGGCCUGGCCCACUCAAUGCCUCCACAGAAGGGCCUUCCGCCCACUCCUGGGAUGGCUGGAAUGGAACUCUACGGCAACUUAAGGCAGUGGCUCCUCUGUAUGACUGGAGUCCUGAAAUCCAGGGGAUCCUUCUCAGCUCUACCAACUAUGGCUCAUUCUUGGCUCCAAUCCCUACUGGCUACAUAGCUGGACUCUUUGGAGCCAAGUACUUGGUGGGUGUUAGCCUGCUUCUUUCCUCAAUCUUGGCCCUCUUUAUUCCAUUGGCCGCAGAUGCAGGCGUGCUCUCGCUCAUUGUCUUGCGGAUUGUUCAAGGCAUAGCCCAGGUUAUGGUAUUAACAAGCCAGUUUUCAAUUUGGGUCAAAUGGGCUCCCCCACUAGAAAAGAGUCAACUCAUCAACAUCGCUUUAUCAGGGGAAUUGAUGGGAUCCUUCAUUACUUUGCUCGUCGGGGGUUUCCUCUGCGAGACCAAAGGGUGGCCUUCUAUCUUCUAUAUCUUUGGUGGAAUUGGCUGUGCCUGUUCUUUUCUCUGGUUUCCUCUUGCUUAUGAUGACCCCAUAAAUCACCCGUUUAUCAGCACCAGUGAGAAGGAAUAUAUCGUGUGUUCACUGGCUCAACAGGACUGUUCACCAGGCUGGUCCCUUCCCAUUAAGGCUAUGAUCAAAUCCCUACCACUUUGGGGCAUUUUAGUCUUUUAUUUCACCGGAUUCUGGACUUUUAAUAUUUUGAUGGCAUACAUUCCAACAUACAUCAGCUCUGUACUUCAAGCUAACCUCAGAGAUAGUGGAAUCCUGUCAGCCCUGCUGUUAGGUGUUGCCUUUAUCAGCACUAUCCUUUGCGGUCUACUGGCGGAUUUUCUUCACUCCAGAAAAAUCUUCAGACUCGUUACCAUCAGGAAACUCUCUACCACCAUUGGGGUUCUUGUCCCAUCUGUGGUCCUCGUGUCCCUGUACUGGGUCAGAUCCAGCAUCAGCACCAGUAUGGGCUUGUUGGCACUGUGUUCCGCUGCCACCACCUUCUGCCAAACAGGAUCCCUUAUUAACUUCUUGGAUAUUGCUCCUCGGUACACCAGCUUUCUCAGGGGACUAUCACAAGUCUUUGGCCACUUAUCAGGAGCCAUUUCUUCCACUGUUGCUGGAUUCUUAAUCAGUCAGGAUUCUGAGUUUGGCUGGAGAAAUGUCUUCUUGACUUCAGUUUCUAUUAACGUGUCAGGCCUGGUCUUCUACCUCAUCUUCAGCCAAGCAAAGGUCCAGGACUGGGCUACAGAGCAGACAGUUACUCAGCUCUGAGCAAACUGGGUGCCUCAGAUCCCAACGUUUAGCCAUUCAUCGUUUGCCCUCAUGGACGUUCCCUCUUAGUACCUGCUUGACUGGUUAGCCAUUUAAUUUGCAUUGACUUUGUUUCCAGUAUCUUCUCAGAGAGCUUGG